UUCCCCUGUGACCCACCUGGUGGGGCCCUGCCUGGGCGGGGCCGGAGCUGCACAGUCGCUGUUUGUCUGGUUUUCUCCUCAUUCCUUGGGUGGUUUUUUGGUUUUUUUUUUUGCUGUUUUUGUUUUUUCUUUAAAUUCCCCCAAAAAUUCCAGCCCAUCCCACAGCCGCUGGCAGCACAAGUUUCCCUCUGUCCUAAAAUCGCAGAGUUCGAAUUUUUUUCCUUUUUUUUUUUUUUUUUUUUUUUCCUUUUCCUUUUUUUUUUUUUUUUUUUUUUUUUUUUUUUUUUCCCAAAAGCUCAGCCCCGGCUGGUGGCGGUGUCACCCGGAGGACGUGGCAACCCAAAAUCCACCUAAAUCCACCCAAAAUCCACCCAAACCCCCCCACCCCAAACCCCAAACCCCUUUUUUCCACCCCCCCAACUCCUGACUGUCCCCACAGGUAUCUCUGUGGUUCGUUCUUUGGGGGAAAUGCACAUUUUUUUUUCAUCCCAUUUUCCCAGAAAAAGUGGGAAAAAUCCCCUUUCCAGCACCCCCCAAACACCCAGAACCCACCCCAAAAAAAAAAAAUUCUGCACCCACCUCCUCCUCUUCUUCCUGUGUUUUUUACCACUUUGCCCGUUUUUUUCCCGAAAUUUUGCCUCCCCCCACCCUCCAAAACCACAUUUAUUUUUAGCAGCCAAUUGAAGAUGAAGGAGGAGGGAAAAUAUACUUGGGAAAAAAAAAAAAAAAAAAAAAAAGAGGAAAGAAAAAAGGGAAAAAAAAAAUAAAAAAAAGAACCCGGGAUUUUGUCAAAGAGCCGCGGCGAUGUGGGGUGUGGGGAACCCGGGCGUGCUCCUGCCGCUGCUCCUGCUCCCAGGGCUCGGCCCGGCCUUCAACCUGGACGUGCGGCGUUCGCGGCUCUUCCGGGGGCCACCCGAGUCCCAGUUUGGCUACCGGGUGCUGCAGUGGGGGGGCGAUGGGGACAAGUGGCUGCUGGUGGGGGCGCCGUGGGAUGGGGAUGGCCAAGGCGACAUCUACAAGUGCGACGUGGGACCCCAAAACUCCUCCUGUGCCAAGGCCAACCUCGGGGCCGCAGUUCCCUGGCUCAGGAGCAGCGCCGGCCGCCUGGGGAUGACGCUGGUGGACUCCAAGGAUGGGGGCUUUGUGGCGUGCGCCCCGCUUUGGUCCCAGGAAUGCGGCACCUCCGCGUUCAGCUCCGGCCGCUGCGUCCAGCUCGACCAGGAGCUCCAGCCCGUGGGCACCAUGGCGCCCACAGCCCAGCGUUGUCCUACCUACAUGGACAUCGUCCUGGUUCUGGAUGGCUCCAACAGCAUCUACCCCUGGGAGGAGGUGCAGGCGUUCCUCGGGAACAUCCUGGCGCGCUUCUUCGUCGGCCCCGGGCAGACCCAGGUGGGGGUGCUGCAGUACGGGGAGCACCUGGUGCAGGAGUGGGCGCUGGGGCAGCACCCCACGGCCCAGAGCCUGCUCGAGGCCGCGCGGAACCUGACGCGGCAGGAGGGGAGGGAGACCAGGACAGCCAUGGCCAUCCGGGAGGCAUGCACCGCGUCGUUCAGCCCGGCGCGGGGCGGGCGCCCGGGGGCCACGCGGCUGCUGCUGGUGGUGACGGACGGGGAGUCCCACGACGGGGACGAGCUGCCCGCGGCGCUGGCCGAGUGCGACCGCCACAACGUCACCCGCUACGCCAUCGCCGUGCUGGGGCAUUACCUGCGGCGGCAGCAGGAUCCCGAGGAUUUCAUCCGGGAGAUCAAGUCCAUCGCCAGCGACCCUGACGAGAAGUAUUUCUUCAAUGUCACGGAUGAGGCCGCCCUCAACGACAUCGUGGAUGCUCUGGGAGAUCGGAUCUUCAGCCUGGAAGGCACCCACGGGGACAACGAGAGCGCCUUCGAGCUGGAGAUGUCCCAGAUCGGCUUUUCCAUCCACCACCUCGAGGACGGGAUCCUCUUUGGAAUGGUCGGAGCCCAUGACUGGGAGGGGGGUGUGCUGGAGGAGAGGCAGCGAGGGCGCGUGGUUCCAGCCCGGGAGGCGUUCCAGGAGGAAUUCCCGCCGCAGCUGAAGAACCACGCGGCCUACCUGGGGUACUCGGUGUCCUCGCUGCAGCUCCCGGGGGGGCAGCGCCUGUUGGUGGCCGGUGCCCCCCGAUUCCAGCACAAGGGCAAGGUCGUCCUCUUCCAGCUGGACCCCACGGGGGCCGUGACGGUGGCCCAGGCGCUGAUGGGGGACCAGAUCGGCUCCUACUUCGGCAGCGAGGUCUUGGCCCUGGACCUGGAGGGAGAUGGGGACAGCGAGCUGCUGCUGGUGGCCGCGCCCACCUACCUGGGGGGCCAGAGCAGGGAGAUGGGGAGGGUCUAUGUGUACCGUGUGGGGCAGGACCGCCUGAGCCCCGCGGGGUCGCUGCACCCCGAGCCGAGGCCGCAGGAUUCCAGGUUCGGCUCCGCCCUGGGCGCGGUGCCCAACCUGAGCCAGGACGGGCUGGCCGGAGCCGUGGUGGGGGCUCCGCUGGAGGACGGGCACCGCGGGGCUCUCUACGUGUUCCACAUCGCCCCGGGCACCCUCCUGCCCCGGUACAAGCAGCGCAUCGAGGCGGCGGCGCUGGGCUGGAGCCUCCGGUAUUUCGGGAUCAGCGUGGACGGACGGGUGGACAUGGACGGGGACGGACUGGUGGACGUGGCCGUGGGGGCGCAGGGGGCGGCCGUGCUGCUGCGGUCCCGCUGGAUCAUCCAGGUGUCCGCGGGGGUGUCGGUGGAGCCGGCGGCUGUCAGCGUCACCCGGCGGAACUGCCGGCGCGGCGGCUCCGGCGCCGUCUGCCUCCGCGCCCGGAUCUGCUUCCGCAGCUGGACCCGCGCACGGAACCCCCCUGUGGACAUGCAUGUCGAUCUCCGGUACAACGUGUCCCUGGAGGAGCGGAGCCCGGGAUCCCGAGCCGCCUUUGACUCCGGUGCCCGCCGGCUGCUCCAGCGCCGCACGGAGCUCCCGCUGGGCGGGCAGAGCUGCACCCGCGUCCCCUUCCACGUCCUGGACACCUCGGAUUACCUGCGGCCCCUCAGCCUCAGCCUCACCUGGGCGCUGGAUGCGGCUGCAAGGGCGGUGCUGGAUGAGGCGUCUCCCACCACCAUCCGCAAACUGAUCCCGUUUUUCAAGGACUGCGGGGACGACGACGAGUGUGUCACCGACCUGGUGCUCAAGGCCACCACGGACAUCGUGGGCUCCAGGCAGAGCCCCCACAUCGUGCGGAAGGGCCGGAGGCGGAUGCUGGUGGAGGUGGAGCUGGAGAACCGGGGGGAGAACGCCUACAACGCCAGCCUGUGGCUGCACCUGCCCGGGAACCUCCACUUCUCCAGCCUCGUGCUCCAGGAUCCCAGCCCGGCGAAGCUGGAGUGCUCGGCGCUGGGGGGGCACCGCCGGCGCUGCAGCGUGGGCUACCCCGUCUUCCGCUCGCAGGCCAAGGUGUGCUUCACCCUGGAGCUGGAGUUCAGCUGCUCCGUCCUGCUGGACCGCGCCGAGGUCACGCUCAGGGCCACCAGUGACAGCAGCGAGGCCACGCCGCAGGACAACGCGGUCAAGCUCUCCGUGCCCAUCCGCUACGAGGCCAACCUGUUCCUGUCCAGUGACACCAACCUCCAUCGCUACGAGCUCCCCCCCCCGGGCACCUUCACCCCCAGCUCCGGCCCCGAGUUCAGCACCACGGUCAAGGUGCAGAAUUUGGGGUGUUACCCCCUCCAGAACGUCACCCUGCACAUGGCCCUGCCGGUGCUGGGCCACCAGCGGGCCACCAUGCUGUCUGUCACCGGUGUCCUGGCUGAGAACGCCACCUGCGGGCUGCACCCCCCCGAUGGGGGCACCCCAAGAGCGCUCCCGGUGCCCCCCGAGGAUCUGCUGCACAGCGAGAGGCUGGACUGCUCCAACACGCGGUGCCAGGAGCUGCGCUGCGCUCUGGGGCGGCUGGAGCGGGGCGGGGGCGCCUCCAUCGAGCUCCUGCGGAGCCUCCGCGGAGCCGCCUUCGGUGGGGUGAAAUUCCGGAGCCUGAGGAUCGUCAGCAGCGUCUGGCUGGGGGUCGGGGGGGGGCUCCUGGUGCUGGAGGAGGGGGCGCAGCGCCGGGAGCUGGUGCUGGAGCUGCUCCGGGCCAGGCCGGUGCCCGUGUCCCUGUGGAUCCUGGGGGGCAGCGCCCUGGGGGGGCUCCUGCUCCUGGCACUGCUCAGCCUCGGCCUCUGGAGGCUCGGAUUCUUCUCCCACGCGAAGCCCCCCCGGGAUGAGGAUGAGGAUGAGGAUGAGGAUGAGGAGCAGUGAGGGGCGGCUCCCGGGCGGUUCCGGCGCGGGGCCGGGGCCGGAGCUGGGAGUGGGAGAGGUGGGAAUGAGCUGGAACGUGAAUCAGAAAAUAAAAUAAAAUAAAAUAAAAAUUCAAAAAUCAAGAAAUAAAUAAAAUAAAAUAAAAUAAAAUAAAAUAAAAUAAAAUAAAAUAAAAUAAAAUAAAAUAAAAUAAACAAGAAAUAAAAUAAAGUAAAAAUAAAAUUUAAAAAUUGAGAAAUAAAAUAAAAUAAAAAUUCAAAAAUCAAGAAAUAAAUAAAAUAAAAUAAAAA